AUGGGUCUUCCUUGUCACCAUGUACUUGCAGUCCUUGUUUAUCUUGAUGUCUGUGAAUUGCCAAAAUGUCUAGUCCUGCAGAGAUGGACAAAGUUUGCAAAGGAUGAUGUGGACAAGAAUGCAAUGUUAGGAUCAAAACACUUGGAUUCCUUCUUGAUUAGUAGGUAUGGUGCCUUGAUGAGUCAAUACAGGGAAUUAGCCUCAUUUGCCUGUCGUAGGCUUGAAGAUUUUCAUAAUGAAAGAGAUCGAGCGACAAAAGCUAUGCAAGAAUUGAAGUCAAGGGCAAUCAAGAAUUGUGAUGAAGAAGUUGAUGAUUUGGGUAAUUCCUUUAUUGGCCUUAAAGAUCCUAAUUUUGUUAGGACUAAAGGUACUGGUUGUCCAGGUUCGUCAAGUGCAGCUGGCAAAAACAAAGGCAACAAGAGGAAAGGGAGUAGGAAGUGCUCACAAUGUCACCGAUAUGGUCAUAAUAAAACUACUUGCAAGACUGCAACUAAAGCACGCCAGAUGACAGAAAAUACUGAUGCGGAUACUGUGCCUACCCAAGAAGAAUCAUAUGCAAAUGUUGGGUAG